UUUUUUUUUCUUUUUUUUUUUUUUCUUCAUGUCUCAAUCUUCGCUGUUUAAUAAAUCAAGCAAUUUCUCAAAAGAAUAUGAUGAUUUGAUCCAUGAAUUAACUAACCAAAUAAACAUGGCACAGCCUGAUGACGUGCUUCAGUACUGUUUUGAUUUCUUUCUAUCUCGUCUAUUAAACGAAAGAACAAAGACCAGACAAGAGAAAGAACGUCACUUGAGUGUUCAUCCAAGCGACACUACGGUAUUACAAGGAUCUUUGGUUUCAACAAACGAUGUACAGACACCUCACAACGAAGAAGACGAAGAUGAAGAAGAAGAAGAAGGAAAAAACAGUUUUCGUGAUUUACCUCAAUUUAAAACACACAUGCAAAAUAGACGCGUCUCUGUGAGCGCUGAAUCGAUACAGCCAGAUAAAUUAGCAAGACUCGAAAAGAACAUACCAAAAUCCACAGCCGAACAGGACAUGAUCUAUCAAUCGCUCUCAUCCCACUUUUUGUUCAAGACGAUCGAGGAGGAGCAGCGUGAAGAGAUUAUUCAGAUUAUGGAACAAAAGCCAUUUCCUGCCGGUACUCACGUCAUUGAACAAGGAGGAGAAGGUGAUUAUUUUUAUAUCGUAUCGUCUGGUCAUCUUGACUGUUUUGUGGAUGGACAAAAGGUGACAAGUUAUGAGCGGGGAGGGAGCUUUGGCGAACUGGCGCUUAUGUACAAUGCACCAAGAGCAGCUACGAUCGUCGCCACGACCAAUGCCGUGUUGUGGGCUCUGGACCGUAUCUCGUUUAGGUCGAUCAUCAUGAAGAGUAACGCGGCGAAACGGACGAUGCAUGAAUCCUUUUUGAAGGGGGUGCCAUUGUUCAAGUCACUAGAAAUCUCCGAGAUUCACAAGAUUGCAGAUUCUUUGGUCUCUGUUCGAUAUAAACAUGGUGAUGUCGUGGUCAAGGAAGGAGAACCUGGUAACAACUUUUAUUUGAUCGAGGAUGGUAAAGCUGUGGUCUAUAAGACAGCUCCUGAUGGUACGCAGCAAAAGGUCAAUGAGAUGAAAAAGGGUGAUUACUUUGGAGGUAUGCCAGUGGACAUGAAAAUAUAAAAAGAAUUAAUUGUUUAUUAUUAGAACUUGCACUGCUGAACGAUA